CCCCCACCCCUUUUUCCCCCCCCCCCCCGGAGCCGUCCCCUUUAAGGCCCCACCGGGCCAUGGGCGCAGCCGCUCACCUGGCGCAGGUGACGGGGAAGGAGGAAGCGGCAGCCGGGGCCAUGUCCGCCUCCGCCGUCUUCAUCCUGGACCUCAAGGGGAAGCCCCUCAUCAGCCGUAACUACAAGGGGGAUGUGAGCAUGGGGGAGAUCGACCACUUCAUGGGGCUGCUGCUGCAGAAGGAGGAGGAGGGGGCUUUGUCCCCGCUGCUGACCCGUGGCCAGGUUCAUUUCCUCUGGAUCAAGCACGCCAACCUCUACCUGGUGGCCACCACCAAGAAGAACGCCAACGCCUCCUUGGUCUUCUCCUUCCUCUACAAGGUGGUGGAGGUUUUUUCGGAGUAUUUCAAGGAGUUGGAGGAGGAGAGCAUCCGGGACAACUUCGUCAUCGUCUACGAGCUGCUGGACGAGCUGAUGGACUUUGGCUUCCCGCAGACCACCGACAGCAAAAUCCUCCAGGAGUACAUCACGCAGGAGGGCAACAAGCUGGACACCGGCAAGUCCCGCGUGCCCACCACCGUCACCAACGCCGUGUCCUGGCGCUCCGAAGGCAUCAAGUACAAGAAGAACGAGGUCUUCAUCGACGUGAUCGAGUCGAUGAACCUGCUGGUGAGCGCCAACGGCAGCGUGCUGCUCAGCGAGGUGGUGGGCACCAUCAAGCUGAAGGUUUUCCUCUCGGGGAUGCCCGAGCUGCGCCUGGGCUUGAACGACCGCGUCCUCUUCGAGCUGACGGGACGGGGCAAGAACAAGUCGGUGGAGCUGGAGGACGUGAAGUUCCACCAGUGCGUGCGGCUCUCGCGCUUCGACAGCGACCGCACCAUCUCCUUCGUGCCGCCCGACGGCGACUUCGAGCUCAUGUCCUACCGCCUGGGCACCCGCGCCAAGCCGCUCAUCUGGAUCGAGUCGGUCAUCGAGAAGUUCUCCCACAGCCGCGUCGAGAUCAUGGUCAAGGCCAAGGCGCAGUUCAAGAAGCAGUCGGUGGCCAACGGCGUGGAGAUCGCGGUGCCGGUGCCCAGCGACGCCGACUCGCCCAAGUUCAAGACCAGCGUGGGCUCGGCCAAGUACCUCCCCGAGAAGAACCUCGUCGUCUGGAGCAUCAAAUCCUUCCCGCCGCGCCGUGCCGCGCAGGGGGGCAAGGAGCACCUGAUGCGCGCCCACUUCGGGCUGCCCAGCGUGGAGAAGGAGGAAGAUGAGGGGCGGCCGCCCAUCGCCGUCCGCUUCGAGAUCCCCUACUUCACCGUCUCGGGCAUCCAGGUGCGGUACAUGAAGAUCAUCGAGAAGAGCGGCUACCAGGCGCUGCCCUGGGUGCGCUACAUCACCCAGAGCGGGGACUACCAGCUCCGCACCAGCUAAGGGGGGGCCACAGUCAUGCCCCCCCUCCCCAAGGACUCUCCCCAUGGAGACCCCCACACACGCCAUGGAGACCCCCCUCCCCCGCCCACCUUGGAGACCCCCCCCCACUUCACCUCUGUCCCUAUAAAGAUGGAAA